AAUUUUUUUUUAAACACAUGUGCAAGAAGACGGAAAAACGGUUCUGGCAACGAAAGGGUUAAACUUGAAACGUAUUUCUCAAGUUGAUAUACAAGACUCUUUUACGGGUUGAGGAAGCUCUGUAAUUGGUCGUGAACCCCUGUCCAUUUGUUACGUCUGUGAUGCUUUUAUAAAACACAAUAAAGAUGAUCAAGGGGUGCAGCGAUUCCCGGAAUUAUUCACUUAGGUAAAACUUUUACAGGCCACCACCAGAGGGCGCAGCGCUCCGCAGAGCAGAACAGAAAGUGAAAGUAAUAUUCUGCGCUCCUCUGCUGCUUUCACUUUUCUUCCUGAUCCCUUUUCAAGUCGAAAAGUCAGCAGACGGAGUCGCCCGAUCCCGUCGUGUCCCGAAGUUCUGCAUCCUGAGACUCUCCACCGGAUCCCGUCAGCCUGAUAGACAAAUCUUUGCAUCGCUGUGCAUCGGGACAAAAUGGAUGAGCUUCUAGCAAAGCUUCAUCUGAAAAAGUACGAGAACUCCAAGCUGACCUUGAAAGAAGUGUUGUGUAUAAGCAACAAGGAUGAAGACAGUUCUUCAUUGAAGACAAUACCAUCAUGGAGCUUCCUAAGGAAACUCGUUGCGUUGGAUGGAACAGCUCGAAACACAAGGCUGGAUGAGUUUGAGGAAGAGGCCUCUGCUGGUUUCACUGAAGGAAAUUUAUUUGAGGCGUUUGAAGCGUCAUCUAGAGCUUCAAACUAUUCUGUCCAUCCCCUGGAUGUCCUGUGUGCUGUAAUGAAUUGUUCAGACAGUUUUCUACAGCAAGAAAUUGUAACCAAAAUGUCUACUUGCCAGUUUGCAGUCCCCCUGCUGAUCCCUGCUAGCGAUGGUUCAGAUUGCACCUUCGUGCUGUGGGCCAUGCGAAACAUCAUAAAGAGAUGGAGACCACCUUUGUUAUUAAGAUCCAAAGGCUUUAGAGAAGAAAAUAUAACUAACAUCUCGAUGCCUAUCUUCUCCUUUGUGAGACUGGGCAACUGCAGCCUAUCAAAGUCUAAAGUUCUCAAUAAGAUUCUGAGCCCCACGCACACUCAUUAUGACUUCUUUGUACAUCAGGACAUGGAGUGUGGUUAUCGUCCUAGAACCAUCUCAGAAGGUCUUCUCGAAAUUUCCUGGUACUUUCCGGGUGGGAGUGAACACUCAAAUGUAUUUCAAGAGCCUGUGGCUGUCACAAAUCUGCGUGGAGAUCUUAUUUCCCACGAGAAGCAAUUCAGAUUUCUAACAAACAUGUCCACUGCUGUGUUCUUUUUCUCCGAAGACAUCCAGGAAAACCACUGCAAAUUUCUAGAAAGGUUGGCACAAGGCAACCCCAACUAUUUCUUUGUUAUUUGUCCGCAAAAAGGCCAAUUUGUUAGGGAGAAAAUGAAAGAGACCGAAAAAAAGAUACCUGCAUUCCUAAACUCGAAGAAGAACAACAUUUUAGUGAAAGAUUCAUCAAUGAACGAGGCUGAGAUUGUAAAGCAAAUACAAAGCAUUAUGAUGAAUUUAACAAAGAAUUCUUCUAACAAGAGACAUCUGGAAGAUCUUGAAAAAGAUUCAAAGAAAUUUGGGAUUUUGGUAGAUGAGAGCUCCGGGGAAUGUCAAAAAGCGAAAGACCUUGCUAUGAAAAUUUGUAAAACAAUAGAGGAUGUACCACGGUAUAAAAAAGAAACACUGAUUCUGCAGAGGGAUCUCUGGAAAAACAUUACGAAAAUUGAGAAGGAAAUAUGUCGGAUGAAAAAAACGAACGACCUGGAUGUGGAAGAAUAUAAGUCAAAGCUGGGCACACAAUGCGUAGAGCUACGUAACCAACAGAGGCAGCAGGAACUUCAAGGAGACAUUAAGACAUUCCUAGAAGCUCUUAUUGAGCUUUCUUCAACAGAAAAGCUUUAUUUCUUGAAGUGGAUGAAGCUCUUCCUUGAUAAUAUUGCUCGGUCAAAUUUGUCAGAGUUGCAGGCCGAAUAUAUAAAAUACUCCAGCAACAUAGCAGAACUCAAGCGCAUUGACCGCCAAAUCACGGACAGCUCUCUUGGUAUUGAAAACUUUUUGCGUGAACUGGGACAGAUGCACGAGGCACAGUUUUUUGUUAAAAGUCAUUCCAAAUUGAAAGAAAAAUUUGGUAACCUUCCAGGGAUAGCUGCUGAUCUUCUCCUAGAAGGGUUUCCAUUGGAACUGAUUGAUGGAGACACCUCAAGCAUUCCAGUACAGUGGAUAUCAGAUGUUUUCAAUCAGCUAGACAUCAAAACAGGAAAGAGAUGCACAAUGAGAAUAAUUACAGUGCUGGGAGUGCAAAGUACAGGGAAAUCCACGCUUCUUAACACCAUGUUUGGUUUGCAGUUUCCAGUGGCCAAUGGACGAUGUACACGAGGGGCCUUCAUGACUCUUCUGAAUGUUAAAGAGAACUUCAAACUAGAGCUGGGUUGUGACUUCAUUCUGGUGAUUGACACAGAGGGGUUGAAAGCUCCUGAGCUAGCCUCUCUGGAGGACAGUUAUGAACAUGACAAUGAGUUGGCAACGUUGGUCGUUGGGUUGAGCGAUAUCACCAUAGUCAAUUUAGCUAUGGAAAACACAACAGAAAUGAAAGAUAUUUUACAGAUUGUAGUCCAUGCUUUUCUUCGGAUGAAAGGAAUUGGAAAGAAACCCAACUGCCAGUUCAUACAUCAGAAUGUGAGUGAUGUUUCCGCCCAUGUCAUGAAUAUUAGACAUAGGAAGACACUCCUGGAGCAUCUGAAUGAAAUGACAAAAGCUGCAGCAAAAAUGGAGAAGCUAGAAGGAUUUGCAUCAUUCAAUGACGUCAUGGAUUACGAUCUCAAUGAACACACUUGGUACAUUCCUGGUCUGUGGCAUGGGGUUCCACCUAUGGCUCCAGUAAAUACUGGAUACAGUGAAGGAAUUCUUUCACUAAAAAAAUACUUACUUCAGUUCAUGAAGAUGAAGGUUCAGAAACCACAGAAUAUCCCAACGUUUCUUAAGUGGCUACAAAGCUUGUGGACAGCAGUGAAACAUGAAAAAUUUAUCUUCAGCUUCAGAAACAGUUUGGUAGCGGAUGCGUAUGAUCAACUGUCUGUAAGAUAUUCAGAACUGGAAUGGAGCUUUCGCAAAGAGAUGUAUAGCAGGAUGACGGAGUUUUUGAAUUCCAUCAAAAAUCAGCAGAAAAAUGAAAUGUUGGAGGACCUGAUGAUCACAUUCAACGAGUCCAUGCCUGAAAAGCUCAACGAAUUGGAAAGGAAAAUGCAGGACUCACUGAAUUCAUAUUUUGAAAGUGAACUGGAAAAUGCACAUCUGGUGGAAAAGCACCGAGACGAUUUCUUUAAAAGUAUAAACGUUCUUAGAAGGGCACUUUAUGAAGAGUGGCAUGCCAAAUUCUGGGAAGCUGUUCGUAUCCAGAAGACGAAAUUUAAGAUACAGGAUCUGAAGGAUGACUGUAGUGCAAAAAUCGAAGCAGAAGUUAGUUCCCUCUUGGACUUGUGCAAGGAAAAAGAACAAAAGAUUGGGGAGAAGGCAUUAGAACAGAGGUUUAAAGAUAUAUGGGAGGAAACGGUAAAAGGAUUUCAAAUCCAUCGCAUGAAGAGAAAAGAUGUCGACAAACAAAUGCUCCAACAGUUGCAGAAGGAGAUGAAGCACAAGAGCGGGUUCAUAAAUAAACAAUUACUAAAAAUCGGAAAGAUUUCUACAUAUGCUGAUGUUUCAUUUGUAGAGAAAGAUGAACACAUUGACCUUCAGUGGUACAAAAAGAGCGAACAACAAGGAGGUAACAAGGGAGCAGGUUAUAACAAUUUUUACAAAACUGACUGCUACUAUAAAAUAAAAAAGAUAGCCGAUGAUCUAACAAACCAAUGCUUUGACUACAUAAAACAAAAGGCUAGUACAGGCAAUGAUUACGAUGAUACGUUUUGUACAGAUUUGCUAAGCAUGGGUAAUCAUAGACUAAGACAGAGGGAUGUAGAGAUGCUUCACACUACCGACCAAUUCGAACUUGACCUCAAACUCCUUGUUCUUGGCAGAGCAGCUAAAAGGUUCCAGGAGAUACAUGAUAAGUUUGUUGAAGAGAACGACCCAUUCUUGUGUCUUCAAACUGCCAGAUCCCAUUAUCUUUCUAUAUUCAAAAAUGUAUUCCAAAAGAAGGAUGAGUGCAAGAACAGGGCAAAACAGUUCUACCAGCAAUGUCUCAAACCAGCCAUAAUUGAAUAUGUGAGCAAUCACCUUGGGAAAGAGAUCGUGAAUGACCUACUUCACGGCACAGACAACAAGAAAUACAUGAGUCGGACAUUUUUCCAGCACUGUGUGCUCAACAAACUGAUCCAAUAUGGUGAAUUUGAACAGUAUGUGGAGUAUAUUAACAAUUAUGAGCAAUUCGUCAAGAACACUAUUUUGGAGUUUAUCAAAGAAAGCUACGGAGAACCUGAAUGCUUGGGAAAUUUACUGUCCAACAUUACCCUUUCCAUUGUUAAGAAGGUGAGAGAAACUUUGCAGGAUGCCCAAAUUCUAGAAAGUAAUAACGUGUCCGAUUUUCUAUCCCAGAUCCGUAAAAAGUUAGAAAAGGAUUUGGUAAUAUCGCCGGACAACAUUAAGCUGAUCAUUUUUCAGAAUUCUGCAUCUGUCAGUGAGUUCUCUGCUGAUAUCAAUUUCUACCUUUCGAAAACAGAAGAUGAUAUUCUAACAGAAAUAGGAUCCCUCAGCAUUGAGUCUCUCCUGGCGCAACUCACCCUCAAACCCGAAGAUGAAUUGUUUAAGAAGGUUAUUGGCUGUGGGAAGCAGUGUCCAUUCUGUAAAGUCCCCUGUGAGGCCGGGUGUGCUGAGCACACAGAGCACUUUGCCACUGUCCAUCGACCUCAAGGUCUAGGAUGUUACAGAUUUAUUAAUUCCCAAGUACUGUGCUCAGCGCUUUGCUCUACUGAUGUGGUCAGCGAAAGGUCCUUCAAAAAUUCGGACACGGAGUGGAAACUUCAUCCGUACAAAGAGUACCGAACAUUUUACCCAGAAUGGAAUAUUCAGCCAGAUCCAAGCAUCUCUGCCUCCGAUUACUGGAAAUUCGUUUUCAAAGAGUUCAACAAAGAGUUUGCAAAGGAAUACAAAGCUAACCCUGCACACCUUCCCGAAGAAUGGUAUGACAUAACCAAAGAGCAAGCCAUUGAGAGCCUAAAGGAGUCCUAUCGUAUGAAAGAACCUGGAAACUCAUGAUGAACUGUUUUCAUUCUCGAAUCCAAAUCAGGGGUCUCCAAACUUUUCUGUAUGUUUAACACAUUUUCAUGGGCUAAAAAAGAUGAACAAAUCAAAUUUAUGUGAAUGAAUCCGGUUUACCUGGA